AGCUAUAAUGAAAGCCCGUUGUGGAGAUACAGGGUCUACUAAACGCCAACCGAAGACCCACAAAAAGCAAACCUCAAUUUCUUCUAAAGAAAAUUUCUCGAAAUCAAAAACCUUGCACAGAAGACUCAAAAGUGAAGAGCGCACUACUUCAAUUUACCUCAACCCAAACCAGGCGAAGGACAGGAAGAUAAGUCAAGACCGGUCUGCUUCCAACAGGAUGAACUUUAAAAAUGAAUUCGAGGAUUACUCCCAGGCCACAACUUCGAGGAAGAAUCGUAAAUAAGCCCAAGCAUAAACUGGAAAGCACCCUCCCUUUUGUUGGUAAUAAUUCCUUCGGAGGCUAUAUUUCAGGUUCGACUGGUGGUCCGAAAAAGCAAAGUAAAAAUGCAAUAGGAUAUGCAGCGUUAAAAGGAAGCAAAUUUUCAGGCACUAAGACUGCAAUGCUAACCUAUGCAAAAGACCUUGACUAUAAGAUAUCCAAAGAUAACCAUAAAGUCAGCCUUCAGAUGAAUUCAGAUCAUAUGCAUAAUUAUAGUGCUGCUUUCAAUCAUAAUAAAUCUGGGAAAAAGAAACCCUUUAUGCUGACUACACAAAAGAAUACAAAAAGGAGAUCUGUUGAGAGAGAUCAUUCAAAGAAGAAGCAAAGAAGUUCAAGUGACGGCAACAGAAUAGUAAAUUCGAAGAGGAAGAAGAAAGAGCAUACUAAAUCACCAGACACUGCAUAUUACAACAAAAUGGUUGCAGCUUUCGGUAAUAUUGUCAAGUACCCUACUAAAACUUUAAGAAAAGUUGUCAAACAAAAUGGGAAAUUAUAUAACCAAAGUGGAGCUCUUUUUUCUCUAAAAAGAAGCAAAGAAAUUGGAAGCAAAUAAACUUGCGAAUUAUUAUGAUCAUAAUAAUUCGAAGAGUAAUGAUGCAAGACAAAAGAGUACAAACAUCAGAAGUCUUCCAUUAUCUCUAAUGAACUCUUUUGAAAAGAGAGGAAAAGAUAAGAAUAUCAUGAAAAAGAAAAAGAAGCAUUCCUUGAAAAACUCCAAAAAAGUUCCUAACCAAGUCUUCUAUCACAAAGGAAAAGUGAACGUAUCUGGGCAACAUCUAAAAUUCUCAAAACCCAAAUCUAAGAGUACAAUGUCACAUCACUCUGAAAACUCAACCCAGCAAUUUAGCAGUAACCUAGCGUUCAGUGGAGGAAACACUCCUCUUUCCCCUCAAUUCUACCAAGACCUAAGCUCUCACACUAACAAUAUUAAAGAGAUGCAAGAAGCUGUAUGAGCGGCGAAUACUUUAAGUUCUAAGUAUCCCUAUCCAUAUUUCAUCAAAAGGCCAGAGACAAAUGUAAAUAUGUAUGACGAAGAUAUGCUAUUCCUCUCCUCUGGAGAUCAAACCAAACAACAUUCAUUUUAUAAAGAUCCAAAUGACAGCUUCACUUCUCAGACUUAUGAUAAUAAACCAAAGAAAGGUAAUGUCCAAAGAGAAGCUAUUCAUGGAUAUUCUUACUCUCAUGAUCACGGAUCCAAGAAAAGAGUUAUUAUGGAUAAGAAAACCAAAAUGAGUAAAAUGUCAGAGAUCAUGGGGCACAAAGAUUUCUCAAAGAAACCUAAAAAGCAAAAGAGGCAAUCUAAGACAGGGUUCCAGAACAGCAGGAAGAGUUCUAAACAUGAAGAUGAGUUUCUCAUCCCUGAAAAUCCCAACGCAGCAGAUAAUGCUGUUGAUUUUAAUAACAACAGAGAAGAAUUAAUGAGAUUUUUGCAUGAUAAAGAUAUCAAUCAGAUAUCUAUCGAUCAACCUCCAUCCAAAUUCGUAGAUGUAAAGGACAAUGCAAUUAGAGAUAUUCCAAAGAUUAAGAAGAAAUCAAUCAAUAAAGGAGGCAAAAGUAAGGUUAUGGAAUACAUUACUGGAGACAAAAACACAAAAGAGAGGAAAUUCUUCAGUAAUCAAAACUCUCCAAAAUCAAAGCUUAUCAAAGAGAAACCCAAAAAGGAGAAAAUUAAAUCUGAUAAUGAAGAAAGCAAGGAUUUAGGUGUUCAUAGUUCAAAAAUAGUUAAAAUUAUUAAAUCAGCAUUUCUGAAAAACACCACUCCAACCACUACAGUAGACUUUUACAGAGCUGGAAAGAUCUUGGGAAAAGGAGCUUUUGGAAAGGUGAGCCUUGCCCUUCAUAAGCUAGCUAAAAAGUUAGUUGCUCUAAAGCUUCUCAAUAAAGAACUGAUUAAAAAUGAAUCCUCUAAAGAUAAAGUGAUGCAAGAGGUUAAAAUCUUAAAAAGAUUCAGACAUCCCAAUGUAGUUAAGCUCUAUGAAACCUUUGAAUCUGAUAAACACAUUAUAGUUGUGAUGGAGCUCUGAGCUGGAGGAGAUCUUCUCAAUUAUGUUAGAAAAAGAAGGAGACUAAAGGAAUCAUAUGCCAAGUACAUCUUCAAACAAAUCAUUGAAGGAAUUGCUCAUGUACAUUCUAAAGGAAUCCUUCAUAGAGAUAUUAAACUAGAUAAUAUUCUUCUUGAUGGAAAGGGUUUCGUCAAGAUAGCUGAUUUCGGAGUCUCAAGAAUAGUCACCAAUAUUGAGGAUAAAAUGACCGAGCAAUGAGGAACUCCAGCCUACAUUGCACCUGAAAUUUUGAGGGAUAAUGGUUACUAUGGAUUUGCAUGUGAUCUUUGGAGUGCAGGUGUUGUUCUAUAUGCCAUGCUUUAUGGAACUGUUCCUUUUAAAGCAAACAAUAUGCAGGAUCUUCAUAAACUAAUAAUGAAAGCUAAAUAUACCUUAAAAGAUGAUAUCUCUGAAGAAGCAAGAGACCUCCUCAAAUGUUUGCUUGAAAGGGAUCCUUAUAAAAGAUUUAGUGUUAUUGAUGUAAUGGCCCAUGAUUGGAUGCAAGACAUUGAAGAACAAAUGGUUCUCUUUAAUGACCAAGAAACACAGCUUAUCAGAGAUGAAUUUACUUUCAAUAACUCUAAAAGAUACAACAGAAACACCAAGAAUAUCAACUUAGAAUCUGACAGAAGUAGGAACACAGAAAUGACAGAAUUAAACUCUGAUUGUUUCACAGAGCAGAGGUUAGAUUCCUGAGAGAAUGAACUUCUUAAGAAUGUGAGUACAAAAAGUAUUAUCCUUGCACCUUUCAACUCAACCAAAUCUCAUCUUUCCUCCAAACUUCAUGAAAGUGUAGAGGAAAAUAUUUUUGAAAAAUGGAAAAAGCUAAAGUUCCAAGUAAAAUGAAGAGAACUUGACAAAGAAUACGAAAGAAACUUCAAUGACGAGGUUGACAAUGGAGUAUAUAACAAAUUUGUCAAUAAUUCUAUUAGAAAUGAUGAAGACGGAGAAAAAGCUAAUGAAGAGCUGAUAUCAAAUCCCUCAACAUUUUUAGAAGCCAGCUCCAAUGAUGACUACAUAAAGCAACUAAGCCAAGUAUUUGGAAAAGGAAAGAAAGGACAAAGAAACAACGAUUUUGGUCGUAUAGAAACCAUGGUGAGUAACUAUAACUUCAAAAUUGAUCACGAAAUCAUUCAAACAAUGAAUCAGCGGUUCGAAUAUCCAAAAGAUUACAUCGUAAAGUGUCUAGAUAGUAAUAAGACAAAUUACUGUACUGCUACCUAUUACCUCCUGGGUGCUGACCAAAACUACUAAUCUGAGCAAUUGAAUUUGAAAAAUAUUUCAAAGGAUCA